AUGAUUUCCCAAAAAAUCAUUCUUGAAUAUCAAGAUAAUAACUGCGCCUCCGCCUCAUCUUCCUCCUACUGUGGGGAUCUUCUACCGAAACUCCCAGCUCCGUCUCAUCGAAAUAGCGCUUCUGCUCUCGGUGCAACCGUUAUGGCUGAUAACUUGCACAACGCUAUCAACUCCUUGUCGCUGCAUGAUGAAGAGCCAGUGGACCUCCCUGACAACCCGAUGUUCCAUGUGUAUGAGGAGAAUGCUAUGAGCCUUCUUGGUCGUCUCCUUAACCCUGCCUGCCAGCUAAUGGACAAGAUGAUCGAGACUAUGCCAAGGGUUUGGAGGGUCUACAAUAGAGUCCGAGGGAUUGCCCUCUCGCGUGAUAAGUUCCAGUUUGUUUUCCAACGUGAGGAAGACAUGCUCACUGUCUUGAAUGACCGACCCUGGUCGUACAACAACUGGACUAUAUUGCUUGACCGAUGGGUUCCUGCACCGCCUGCAAACUUCUUGACUACGGUAGACGUGUGGGUCCGUAUUAGACACAUUCCGAUGAACCAUUAUCGGAUUGAAACCAUGGAUUUCUUGGCCUCUAAAAUUGGUGACGUGCUGGAAAUCGCUUAUGAUCCAAAAGUCUCUCAAAAGGAAACGUACAUACGGGCUCUUGUUCGUCUGGACAUAGCGAACCCAGCUAUUGAAUUCAAGCCCCUGAAUCUACCCUCUGGUGGCCGUGUGAUCAUAGAAUUUGAGUAUGAAAAACUUCGCAAGAGAUGUUUUCACUGCCACCGUCUUACGCAUGAGAAACCUAGUUGCCCUUUUGUUCAUCAGAAAGUGGCAGCCAAGGAACCUCAAAGGCGUUUGGAUGCUCCCAAAUCCCCUCCGCAGCAGCUAGAGGGACCAUCUUCUUCAAAGGUGCAGCCCGCUUCAGUCAAACAACCUUCUGUUCCUGGUCUUAGUGUCCCUCCUGGUUUCGCUCCCCUGUUUCCGGAGCUACCUGCUGAGGAACGUGCUGCUGCUCUACUCUACAUCUCGCAUAGUGAUGCUACUGAAUGUCAAGCAAGAAUAGAGCGAGUACAACAAUCCCUCACUCCUGGCUUUGUGGAACCGUCCUCGUUGAAACCCACUAUCUCUCAUGAUCUUAACAAGGGCAAAGGACAUGUCUUCACCUUCACUGAUAAUGAGAGACCUCUGAAGCGUUCCUUUGGAAGAGAUGAGGCUACUACAACGUCUGAGCAACCUACUUGGAAGGUUAGACGUAACCUUAACCGUGAUUCUGAUGAUCAAGAAGUGUCCUCUGCAUCCUCUCUUUCUUGUCCAACGGUAUUUCGUAUGGGCUCUUCCUUUGGAACCCCACCUUCCGGGACUUGGAGAGAUGGUAAAAAGAGUAGACGCCGGCCUCAAAAGUGGAAGCGUUUCAACAGAGCUCCCCACCCCUCUGACUCAGCUCUACAUGACGUUGUAGGUAACGAUCUCUCUGGCCUGGGAUCCGGUACCUUACCUGGGAGCAGUAACAAUCUCACCAAACGCAAGGCCUCAAUGACUGCUGAAGAACAGUCUGCUAAAUCUUCGAAACCUACCAAACCUUCGGUGGCUUCCGAUUUGAAGCCGCUGCCAUCCCAAUGA